ACAAUAACAGACAAAGCCCUCUCUGGCUUUUCAAACGUUACGUUGUGUUUUAACAUACUAGCCAAAUCCGAAUUCAUAGUAAAUCCUAAACAAGACCGCGUACAAAAAUGUUAAGUACAUGUGAUCUGAUCUUGAGUGUAUUCGAAGCGGAGAAAACUGAGAGUUUGGGUGCUUUGCGGGGGACAUUGCACUGAAACCCAAAACCCAAAGACGAGAAAAGACCCAGAACCUCAGAGAAUUCUUUUCGACACUGACAGGUCAUCUCUCAAGCAUAGGACCAAACUCAGAUUAGAUAGAUGUUUGAAAGCCGAUAGGGAGUUGGACUUAGAUCUACCCCUCGUUAACGUCACUGACUUGCUGUAUCUGAGUUUAAAGAAAUCUCCACUUUUUCUCUUUUUGUCUUAAAAAGAAGAAAAAUGCAGAGUAAGGGAUCCAGUAGCAUGGUCUCAAGUAUGGUAUUUCGAACACGAAUCUCUUCGUUGUUGAUCUCCAUGUUCGCCACUUUUGCUUCUUUCUAUGUGGCUGGCAGAUUAUGGCAGGAUGCAGAAAACAGGGUUUAUUUGAUAAAGGAGCUUGAUAGGAUAACAGGGCUGGGCCAAUCUGCUAUAUCAGUGGAUGAUACUUUGAAAAUCAUAGCCUGCAGGGAACAACAUAAGAAAUUAUCUGCCCUUGAGAUGGAUCUGGCUGCUGCUAGACAAGAGGGUUUUACUUCCAAGCCUUCAUUAGAUACUGAUGGGGCUGUUUCAAGGAGAAGGCCGCUUGUAGUAAUAGGAGUUUUAACAAGAUUUGGACGUAAGAACAACAGAGAUGCAAUCCGAAAGGCAUGGAUGGGAAGUGGUGCAACUUUGAAGAAAUUGGAGAAUGAAAAGGGCAUAGUUUCCAGAUUUGUCAUUGGAAGGAGUGCAAAUCGUGGGGACAGUUUGGACAGGAGCAUUGAUAAUGAAAAUAGGCAAACAAAUGACUUUAUCAUUCUUGACCAAGUGGAGGCACCUGGGGAGCUUCCAAAGAAGGCUGAAAUGUUUUUUGCUCUAGCUGCAGACAGAUGGGAUGCUGAGUUUUAUGCAAAAGUCAAUGAUGAUGUAUAUGUAAAUAUUGAUGCCUUGGGAGCUACACUUACAUCUCAUAUGGACAAACCUCGUGUUUAUAUUGGCUGUAUGAAAUCAGGCGAAGUUUUCUCUGAACCGAGCCAUAAAUGGUAUGAACCAGAUUGGUGGAAGUUUGGUGAUAAAAAAUCAUACUUCCGCCAUGCUUCAGGUGAAAUGUAUGUCAUAUCAGGAGCUUUGGCUAAAUUUAUUUCAAUAAAUAGAUCUCUUCUUCGCAAUUAUGCCCAUGAUGAUGUCAGUGCUGGAUCCUGGUUUUUAGGGCUUGAGGUCAAAUAUGUAGAUGAAGGGAAGUUUUGCUGCUCAUCUUGGUCAACAGGAGCUAUUUGUUCUGGAGUUUGAAUUUAUUAACUGAUCCUGGAAGGCAAAUAUAAACCUUAUGGCUGAUGCUAUAAGAUAGGAUUUUAUUUCUUCUUCCAAAUAGUCAGUCAGCUAAACAUGAACCUGAUAGAGAAAGGAUGGCUCCUCAAUUUUUGAUUAGAGGGCUUCUUGCUUGCACAAUAAAGGUUGUUUUGACUGCCAUCUGAGGAACUGUUGAGAGUAGAGUUUGGAAUUGACACAGUUAAAGGCUUAUAGAGUUGAUCAUAUUAGUUGAAGAGGGUUUCAUGAUCCCUUUUUCGAUUUUGUUUGUUCUUUAGACUACAGAAUAUAUAAGUUUAUUCUUUCAUUCAGAGACAUACAUAUGUGAUUUAUUCUUAAGUUGAUAUCAUUGGGAUCAAUAGAUGAUUAAUGUAUUAAGUUGAUGACUCAAA